UCCUGCACACCAGAAAAGACGGGCCUGCUCGCUGCACUCAGCGAUGAUCACCCAUGCUCUCCUCGAAUCUUCUUCUGGUUAUGGCCUCUUCCAAGUUAAGCUCAGCGAAGAUAUUGCUGCUCACUCACAAGCAGCUCAGGAUUCCAUAAAAGACCUCUCAAAAUUCGGGAAAAUGGUUUCGUUGAUGAGUUUUGCACCGUUCAAAAACGCUGCUCAUGCAUUGGAGAAUGCCAACGAUAUAUCGGAAGGCCUUGUCAACGACUAUUUGAAGGAUCUUCUGGAAUUGAACCUCUCCAAAGCCUCCAAAAAAACCCCCGCCGUGUUGGCAGUUUCGGAUUCUUCGUUGGGCGGUAACAUACGAGAAACAGCCGGCAUUCAAUGUGAUGCCUCGGACAACGCACAAAAUAUCAUACGCGGUCUUCGUUUACACGCAGGAAAACUUCUCAAAGGGCUCCAGGAUGAUGACCUAAUGAAAGCCCAACUAGGUCUCGGUCACUCCUAUUCGCGAGCGAAACUCAAGUUUAACGUGAACCGAGUCGACAACAUGAUCAUUCAGGCAAUAGCUCUGUUGGAUCAACUGGACAAGGACGUGAAUCUGUUCUCGAUGCGUAUUCGGGAAUGGUACGGAUAUCACUUUCCCGAACUCGUCAGGUUAGUUCCGGACAACUACCAAUACGCUCAAGCUGCACAAUUCAUCGGGGACAAGGAUACGCUGAGUGAAGAUAAACUUCCUGAACUCGAAGCUCUCCUCGAGGAUAACACUACCACCGCCCGGAAUAUUUUGGACGCGGCUCGAGGAUCUAUGGGCUCCUCCCUUUCCGAAUUGGACAUGAUUAACAUCCAUUCGUUCGCAACGCGAGUCAUCUCUUUGGCAGAAUACCGAAAGUCGUUAAUAUCAUACUUAACGGAGAAGAUGAACCUCGUCGCUCCUAGCUUAACGGCAUUACUUGGGGAGAGGAUCGGUGCACGGCUCAUCAGUCACGCAGGUAGCUUGACGAAUUUGAGCAAGUACCCGGCAAGUACAGUCCAGAUUUUGGGUGCAGAGAAGGCGUUAUUUAGGGCGUUGAAGACGAAGGGAAAUACUCCGAAAUACGGUCUCUUAUACCACUCUACCUUCAUCGGUCGUGCAAACCCAAAACACAAGGGUCGUAUAUCAAGAUUCCUCGCCAACAAGUGCUCGAUAGCGUCACGGAUAGAUUGUUACUCUGACAACCCUUCAGCGAAGUUCGGUGAGGCUUUGCGAGCUCAAGUUGAGGAACGUCUCAACUUUUUUGAGACGGGUGCCCCACCUUCCAAGAACGCCGAUGCUAUGAGGAAGGUAUUAGAGGGAUUAGCUUUGGAUGAUGACGAGGAUGUAGAUAUGGAAGACGCGGACGGCGAGCCAGCACUGACUACUCUUGGAAUUAGUCCGAAGAAAGGAAAUAAGGAGAAAAAGAAGAGAAAAAUUGAUGUUAUGGAUGAUGAUGAGGAUGGUGAGCCGUCGCCUAAGAAGGUUAAACUGUCGAAGGAAGAGAAGAAGGCCUUGAAGAAAGAGAAGAAGGCAAAGGCAAAGGCCGAAGCUGCUAUUGCUGUCCAGAAAGAGGACGUAGACAUGGAAGAUGUGAGUGUUUUAUUGCCAGUUUGUUUAAUGAUAGUCUUACAAGUCUGUUAGGGCGAAAAGAAAAAGAGAGAGAAGAAGGAGAAGAAAGAGAAGAAAGACAAAGAGAAGAAGAGCAAGAGCAAGGAGUGACCUUGGGCUAUUUUCUCUCCCUGUCCUAUCUCCUGCGCAAUAUUCUAAUUUUCCAUUGUCUGCCCUUGCGGUAUUGUCAUCGACUCUGAUUCGCCCUCGUUUCACCGUCUUUUGGUGUCAAUUCAGUACGAAUCCAAAUUAGGAUACAAGAGGUGGUUUGGAAUAUGUGGGCAAUCUGUGGGAUGUCCUCCAUCAGGUAAAUCAUCCACCUUUGCGGCAGAACGGUCAUUUGGGAGUUUAGGUUUGGUAAAUUGCCAUGCUAUCGACAGCCCUUGGUUUCGAAGGUCAGAAAUUUGAGGACGGUAUUCAUCCUCCCAAUGGUCAAGCGUUUGAAUAUUAGGGCCGCCUCUGAAUACCACCUUGACCGACCUUAAGCGUCUCACUUUACAAUGCACGAACCUCUUCGUUAUCAAGUCCAUUACCCGUUCUGCAUCAACAGAAUGAAUCUCCAGGAGCGUCAAGUCCUCCAACGACGGACACAACAAGUUGUUACCUGCCGAAGGCUCUGCGGGAGUGAGCGCCCGGAUCGCUGCUCCUGUGUCCUGUUGCGUACCCCAGAAGACACCUCGUUGAAGGGACAAGGAGGUCAACGAAGGCAUGAGUCGAAUGCACUGAUUAAUUAACUCAGAUGCAGGUAGGGGGAGGUUGGUGCUGAAGGAUCUCAGAGACGAACUGGAUUUCUCCAAGAACAACUUCAGAGGAGAAUCUGCCAAGGCAAAGUCGACGUCCACGCCUAGAUGGAGAAGGGAUGGGCAAGUUAUGGAGUCAAAGAAUAGCUUUACGUUAUCCGAAUGACUGAGCCCGAUUGACACUGGGGCGAUGGCGGAUUCGCGGAAUAAAACUUCAAACGACUGUAAUGAGGGUAAAUGGACACGAGGAAGGUCAGCUCGGUCAUCGGGAGCUACGUGGGGGAAGAUCCAAAACGAACACUUCAUUAGAUUUCUCUGCAUAAAGGAGAGAAUCCGCAGUGCAGGUAAGACUUCCAGUGAGCCGAGGUGUGGAUGAAGAGAUAUUUCGGUGAUCUGCUCCCAACGCAAUGGGAGUGCCACCACAUUAUGUGAAUGUUCGAAGCCCAAGUCGACAACACGAAGCGAAGGUGCAGACCGAAUUAGGCUCUCCAGAUGAGGUGCGUCGGGGAUGCUCGAACGGCCACUAUACAGCGUUAAAGAAUGCAGUCGAGGCAUCUCUUCCGGGUUCAGAGAUUUCACUGGAUCUAGAAACGGUGCUAGCACCCCGUCAAAACGAGCCCUGAACCAACGUCGCCGGUAUCGAAGAAAUGUAUCGACGACCGACUGAGCUACUGUAAGAACAGGUUCCCUGAGUUCCUGAGGAUUCUGUGUCCACCCCCCGAUUCCGAAGGUAACUGAGAAAGUGAUAGAGGUAGAGCCUGAUCUGUCCAGCCAACGCUCAAUCCCCGUUCGUCGUUCAUCUACGAGCAUUCGGUAAGUUCCGAACUCUCUGCAUACCGGAAUGUAGAUAUGGAUGGACGACCACAAACGUGGAGUUGUCAGAGCAACGUUUCGCCAUGCAUUGCAAACGGUAGUGAGCACUAACGGUGCAUGUUUUGUGCUACGAACUGGGUACGGUUCCAAACACUGGAGGAAGAUCUCUCUGAGAAGGUCGUCUGGUAAGCGUCUAAAAGGCGAUGUAAGACCGAGAUGAUCGUCGAUGUAGGCACUGAGAGCGUCCCGCUCGCUUCUGAGUUUCGCGAGUGUUUCCUCCAGGCGAGCUAUCUCAAUGUUGACUUGUUUCAAGUCCUCCUGGGACCGCUGAACUAAAUUUGCGAUCUGCUGUAUUUCUUCUACAUUGGCUGCAUAGUUUGAGCUGAGAACAUGCGUGAAAGGGGAAUGGGAAGGGGCGGCUAUCAUGGUGGUCAAGGUCAAUUGGGUC